UGGGAUGGAGAGGACUUUAUGUCCCAUAAUCCAGACUCUCUGGUCCUCCAGACAUUGCUGAACUUCACCUCCCAUCAUCCCUGCCCACUGACUGGCGCAGGACCACUGGGUUACUACCACUGGUGCGGGCAAUGACCAGUUGCCUGGUAGUAUAAGGCACCGUCCUAUAUUCACACAACUGGAACUGUAGGCAGAAUGUUUUAUUAAACGGAGGGCAGGCUUGAGGCCUAGUUCCUUCCCUUGAGGCAGUAGUGACUGAAUAGUUACCAUGGUAACCCUAGGGGACUCCUGAUAGCUGCGAAUCUCUCUGUGCUUUUGAGUGGGAAGGUUGUUCCCUUCUAGUGGAAACAAGGUGUGUGGAGGGGAAGCAGUCAGAUCACAUAGUUUUUGAGGACCUCCUUAGACUGCAAGGUUUCAGUCUGGGGUGAACGAGUUGUAUAACAGAGCGCAAGAUGUUUGCUUCCCCUUGCAAUCUGCUAACAGGAUCAUUCUGUGCAGCUGUUUAAUAUUAGCUACCUGCCGCUGCCAAUUAUGUUUUUUGCAUUGUUUUUCUGCCUUUUGCCGCCUACGUUAUCUGUCAGUCAGCUGCUUCUACAGCUUAAUUGGGAAACAGGGUGUGGUUUCUUACUGACAACUGACGUCUGUCCAGAGUUACCUGGGUAUAAAUUAUCUUUUUCUUUUUCUUUUUUUAAAAGUAGGCAGGGAACCGGCUUUGAAACACCCAGAAACGGCUUCCAGAACCUGACAGGUUACAACCCAGAUUGAUUUUAUCCUGUAAAUAUUUUCCCUCUUGCUUUCAUGAGCAAGUAAAGUCAGAGGAUGCUGCCUCCACCAGCUUCUACCAUAGGGGAACAGACGACCUAAGCUUGGUCGCCACCCAGAAUUCCUCCCAGUAAGUGGGAGUUUAGUUUUGACAGUGAUGGCGCUCACAUGCGGAAUCAUGCACCCUUGGCAAUGAGUAGGAAAGUGAGCCUCAUCGAGGGAAUGUAAUCUUCUUUCUGCAGGAUGGAAGCACUGGUGAAAGUAGUUCAAUCGGAUGCCCAGCCAUUGACAGCCAGCCCAGAUAUCUGGGCCAAGGAAGGUUAUGGCUAUGCAGAGGACCAGGGGUCUCCUAUGCCAGGGGAAACAGCCAGUCCCAAAAGCUAUUUUCAACAGAGCCCAUCUUUACCAGCUUCUGGAUUAACCGAACUCAGCGGUGUGGAAUCCAGCACCUGCGAUACAUCUCCAGCUAAGGUUCAGGAGCUGCCUGCCAGGAGAGGUUCAGCAUUGACUGUGGGUGCCCCUCAGAAGCAGUAUGUAGGCGUGAGGGUAAAAAUGCCGGUGUGUGAACUGCUGAGAAAAAUCCGUCUCUCCAAAGGGACAGAGUCCAGUGACGUCAGGGAAACACCUGCUAAAGCAAAUACCAAAAGAUCUUCAGGAAGAGCAGGGAAAAGAAGAGCUCGCUCAGAAAGGCAUGACAAGCAAAACUGCUGUCAGGCUCAGACAGCCUUAAAAAGCACGGAGGACUUGGACAUCCUAGUCGAAGUACUUCAGGAAGACCUGAACAAGAGCCGCUCCAAGCUAGAGCCUCAGUUGCCUACGCAGUUCCCGCAUGGCACGACCCAGGGAUUUCCGCCUCCCUGGUGGGAAACCAACGGCAACUCACAACCAGAUGGCAACUGGCUGAGAAGCAGCUGGGAGCCUGUCGGAUUUCAGCCGUUGUCUGCUUCAGGCGCAUUGCCUCAUCCAUGUGCUGAGAUUUCCUAUGGAUUUGAGUGCAGAAAGACGCAACAACCUCUGGAUCUGGUCGACACGUUCCAGAAUUCCUGCGUGGAAGAAAGAUGCUGGCUGGGGAAUGGGUCUGUUGAACGUCCUGGGGAGAGUUCCCAAGGCUUUGCCAAGGAGAUCAGGCCUCACUGCCACAACCCACUGGGGCAGGCUUUGCCAGAGACUUUGGAAGAGGACACUGCUGCCUUGCAUGGCAGGGGGUGCCUGAAGGCGAGUGCGUGGUCUUCCAUGGACCAGGAGGCUCCUACUAUUUCUUUCUUCCAAUUCCAGCUCUGCCGUGAGGAGAGUCGGCUCAGGGGCAUCUCGGUGGACAAGCUGCUCAUGCCGGAUAGAAAUGGGAACAGGCUUCUUCACAAUGCUGUUUCUCAGGGGAAAAGGGCAUUGGCAUAUGCGCUGGCAAGGAGGUUUGCACAUCUCAACAGACUUGAUGGGAAGAACGCAGCGAAACAGACUGCAUUGCACAUAGCAGCUCAAAAGAACCAUCAUCUUAUUGCCAGCGACCUGCUCUCUCUGGGGGCUGAUGUAAACGCGAGGGACAGCUCAGAGAAGACUCCCUUGCACCUCUGUGCUGAGAAGGGUUAUCUGAGAGUCUUGGAAGUCUUGAAAAGCUGUCAGGAAGUUGGCAUCCACGUUGAAGUAGACGCAACCGACAAUCAGGGCUUAACGCCAAUACAGUGCGCAGGUUUGGCUCACUGCGCUCUCGCGAUGGACUCGGACAGCCGCCAUCUCUCGGCUGAGACCUGGAAGCUUCUGAACCUCCGUAAGGAUCAGAUACUGAGUGGUAUCAAGUGCUUGAUACAAAUGGGAGCCAACCCAUGGGAGCAAGAUUACAGCUUGCUCUCUGGACUAGAUGAAAUCGCCCUUCUGUAUUUGCAAGGAGAAGAUGUGGAGCCACCAAUGGUUUCUUUUCCAAGCUUCCUCGACCAUUCCCAUGAAAGUGCAAUGUAAACAGGACAGUUGAGCACACCAGGAAGCAAUGGACUUCCUAGAACACUGGUUGCUGAUAUAUCAGAUGUGUUUCAGGCUUCGUAUACUUGAUGAUCUGAAGCCCGCGGAAUGCCUCGAUGGACUUCAAGAAAUCUGGAGUGCCAUUUCUGCCAGGCUGUUGGCGGAAGAACAGCUUGAGAAUAGACAGUAAAAGUCUUUGAACCUGUGAAGGCUUGGGCUUUGCUGGAUUCAUGUCCUCAGAAAAAUUGUAGUGGAAGAGCACUGAAGAUUAUAGAUGGGAAAGGCUGGCUCUAUUUCCCCAAGCCAUAUGUGUCAAGAUAGAGAAGCUCUGAGGUCUUCUCCCCUGCCUUAAAUGACCUUGCUCUCAAAAUAAUCAAGUGCAGGAGAAGAUGCUACUUAAUGGAUGGUGGUCCAUGGAACAGGUGGUCCAUGGAGCAGGCACAGAUUAUUGCCAUGCAAAAAUUCAAACUGAUCCCCUACAGAGGGAGGGCUUCCAUAUCUCAUCGGCAGAGCACCUGCGUUUUAUCUCUGGUGUGCACCUGGGGGAAACAAAGCCACCCUUGAUCUGAGGAUGUAUUUUCAGCAAAGCCACAAUGCUUUGUUUAUCGAUGCAAUCAAAGUUUAUGGAGGUUGUUUUGAGUGUGUAUAAGAAAUGCACAGACGAAUCUGGAACCGGACAAAUGGAGCUGGGCAUUUCACCAGGGCUGAGUGAGACCUGCUCCCCCAUAAUUCUGCACACUGAAUUUUUGGUGAAAGCUCUCAAUACAGUAUUAUGUAAACAAACAAACAUGCAUACAAACCUCUUGUACCAUCUCCAAGAUGAAGACAUUUGAUGCGGCACAAGCUUUUGUAGGCUGCAGUUCAAUUCAACAGGUGCAAUUUCCUUUGCAUCGUGAAUCUUUCUUUCCUUUCUUCCUUCCUCUUUAAUCAGUGAAAUCUAAAAUCUACCUAGCAUCUGCCACAAUCCAGUCCAGAGUUCAUUGUGCUGAAAUCCUUUGAGGUUGGAGCUGACUUGCAGCCAUUGUUCUGACAUGACAGCUUCAGACAUCCUAUAUUUAUGGAUCUUUUUGAUUGGACCCAGCACAGGGAUGGGAAACCUCCAGCCUAUGGUCCAAUCUUGGUCUGCCUGUCAAUCAGC